CUGUUUUCGUUAUCCAAAUCGCAAGCAUGGCGAUCGGACGUUUCUAUCUUUUGUGGACAUUUUUCUGUGCAUUAACAAUCGGUGCUGAACUUGAAGGAAAACCGAAACCUCCGUCCCCACCCCCUGUAAAUCCCUUCACCCCCGGGGACGUAAAAUGGUGUGCUUGGAAAAUGGGUGGAAACGUUGCCCGUUUUGAAGUUUUACCGGGACUCGGCUGGGAUAAUCUUCAGAAUAAAGAUGCCGGGAUGCUUGUACAGUAUAACUACUCGGAGUGUCGGACGACGGAAGACGGAAGGUACCUGAUUCCAGAUUGUGUAUUUACCGUUCCCAUCAAAUCCAGUCAGCUAGAAGUCUUUGGAGAAUUGUUCCAGCACUGGAAUAAUUAUACAGCCACCACAUCGUCCUCUGUCAAUGUGGAAGCAGGACUCCAUUUAGGCAGUUUUGGUAUCAGUGGAAAAUAUUCUCAUGAAUCACAAAGUGUGCGUAAACACCAAAUUAUGGACAAAUCAGUGACAACACGUGUACAGGCGCGGUAUAUACGCUACUCUGCUAAAUUACAACCCGACACUCCACUCAACCCAGCCUUUCGAAAGCGACUAAAAAACAUAGCAUAUUACAUACAGACAAACAAGACUAAUAUGGCUCGAUACCAGAGUCAAUUGCUUGUAAGAGACUACGGUACCCACGUCAUUUCAAGCGUUGACGCAGGCGCAAUCAUUUCGCAGUUAGACGAGGUAAAGUCAACGUUUAGUAACAGUUACAGCAUGGACAGUCGACAAGUCGUGGCAGCGGCUAGUGCCUCCUUCAUGAGCAUAUUUAGCGUUGGAGCUGAGUACAAACAUAGCACGUCUCAGGAGGUUAUAGAUCAAUAUCUAGGAAACCGCACACAUUCGAAGGUAAAGACAUUUGGUGGGCCUGUGUUUCAGCCCAGCAACUUUACUCUUAAUCAGUGGGCUGCUGAAAUUGGUUUGGACCUAGUGUCCGUGGAUAGAUCAGGUUUUCCGAUAUAUGACCUGAUCUCAACACAGACACUUCCAGAACUACCACCGUCUAUUCUAUAUCCCCUGGUUCAAACUGUAAAAGGGGCAGUAGAGGAAUACUAUAAGUUCAAUGUCUAUAGGGGAUGUACCAAUAUUGACUCGCCGAAUUUCAGCUUUAUUGCCAACGUUGAUGACGGCACGUGUGAAAGUCCGGAGACCAAUUACACGUUUGGGGGAGUGUACCAGACCUGUAGUCAGUCAGGGCAACUCCGUCAAAAUCUAUGCACAGGACUCACCCAGAAAAAUCCUCUUACUGGUGGUUACUCUUGCCAAAGUGGAUAUGAGAGUAUAUUGCUUACAGAGGGCAAAAGAUCUGGCUCUGAGAGUAGAAGGAGUUGUCAUAGCUGCGGUUUUCUUGGAUGGUCCACCUGUUGUGAUAAUUAUAUGGUAUACGGACAGGCAAAAUACCAAGCCUAUUGGUGUGUUGCACAAGGGCAUGUUGACAAACAAUCUGGAUUCCAGUUUGGUGGUAUUUACACCACAUCGAUUGAUAAUCCGCUUACUCAAUCUCAUGGUUGCCCACUCUACUUCUACCCUUUGAAACUCGGUCUAGACAUGAAAGUGUGUGUUAGUGAUGACUAUGAGCUUGGAUUCCGUUAUUCGGUGCCAUUUGCUGGACUGUUCAGCUGUAUGACGGGAAAUCCUUUAUUUAUUCACCAGGAAACCACUUCCAAAAACCCUGAGAUGUUACACUCACUUUUCUCCUAUCUGAAGUCGUCCAGCCCAAACUCAUGGCCUCGGGGAUGUCCAAAGGGGUAUAGCAUGCAUCUAGCCACAGUAGAAAAUUCCUGUGAAAUCGAUUACUGCGUAAAAGCACAUGCUUUCGCCAACAAAGGACUUCCACCUGUGAGGCGACCACCAUUUAUGGAACUUCCUGGAGACGCGUAUGUGGAUUCAGGAGUAACAGAGGAGUACAUGAUCAGUGUUGGUGGAGAAACUUGGACGGAUCUCGCCGUGGAUCCGUCUUACUCCGACAAAGAAAAUAAACCAAAUAGCGACUCUCAGACGAAUAACGAAGCUGAAGUUUCCUCUGGUACCACAGCAGGCAUCGUAAUUGGGGUCACCUUGGUUGUUAUAGUGACAAUUGCCGUAGUAACCUUGAUGUUCAAAAGACACAGGAGAUCUAAACGUCCAUAUCAGAGGAUGGAUAACCCCAGCGCGAAUUUCGUAAACCGUCGAGAGUACGGAACAGCUGGUCAAUCGACAGAGCCACCCCAAACCGCAUGAACAUUUUACAUUAAAAAAAUACCGAGUUUUACA